AUGGGAAAUAUCAACAAGGCGCCCAAAAAGAACAGUAAAAAGAAGAAGGAUCGGGAUCUACGGCCUGAAGAAAUGGAAGAGCUGCGUGAGGCAUUCAGAGAGUUCGACAAAGACAAAGAUGGCUUCAUCAGCUGUAAGGACCUGGGCGAGUGCAUGAGGACCAUGGGGUACAUGCCCACAGAGAUGGAGCUGAUCGAACUGAGCCAGCAGAUCUGUGGAGGCAGAGUGGACUUUGAAGAUUUUGUGGAGCUGAUGGGUCCUAAAAUGUUGGCCGAGACAGCAGACAUGAUCGGAGUGAAGGAGCUCCGGGACGCCUUCAAAGAGUUUGACUCAGAUGGUGAUGGUCAGAUCAGCCUGGCGGAGCUGAGGGAGGCCAUGAAAAAGCUGAUGGGCGAGCAGCUGCAUCACCGCGAGAUCGACGAGAUUCUGAGAGACGUGGACCUCAACGGGGACGGGCAGGUUGACUUCGAAGAGUUUGUGCGAAUGAUGUCUCGUUGA